AUGACUGCCGCUACCAAACAACCUAUCCACUUGAAAGUUAACGCCGCUUUGUUCGACGUCGACGGAACAAUCAUCAUCUCGCAACCUGCCAUCGCUGCCUUCUGGAGAGACUUCGGUAAGGACAAACCAUACUUUGACGCCGAGCACGUGAUCCACGUCUCUCACGGAUGGAGAACGUACGACGCGAUCGCCAAGUUCGCUCCAGACUUCGCCAGCGAGGAAUACGCUACCAAGCUAGAAAGUGAAAUCCCAGAGAAAUACGGUGAGCACUCCAUCGAGGUUCCCGGUGCCGUCAAGCUCUGCAAAGAGUUGAAUGCUCUUCCAAAGGAGAAGUGGGCCGUGGCUACCUCCGGUACCCGCCCAAUGGCUUCCAAGUGGUUUGAGCUCUUGGGCAUCCAGAAGCCAGAGUACUUUAUCACUGCGAACGACGUCAAGCAAGGUAAGCCUUUCCCAGAACCAUACCUAAAGGGCAGAAACGGUUUGGGCUACCCCAUCAACGAACAGGACCCAUCCAAGUCCAAGGUCAUUGUCUUUGAAGACGCUCCUGCUGGUAUUGCCGCUGGUAAGGCCGCCGGCUGCAAAAUCGUUGGUAUCGCUACCACGUUCGACCUCGAGUUUUUGAAGGAGAAGGGCUGCGACAUCAUCGUCAAGAACCACGAGUCCAUCCACAUCGGUGGCUACGACCCAGAAACCGACGAAGUGGACUUCGUCUUCGACGACUACUUGUACGCUAAGGACGACUUGCUUAAAUGGUAA